GCAAAGGCGAGGCCGAGAGACAAGUCAACUGACCUUCUCUUCUUAUAUCGUUCUCUUUCUUUUGUGUAAAGACUUUAAGAGCUAAACUAUACACAAGAUGGCACUCCUCGUUGACAACCAUUACCACAGGCUUAUCAACAGCGAACCAGUACUGGAAGCGUGUCCAGAAAGAGACGGCAUAGACGAAGAGUUAGAAGGUCUCAUAAUCCAAUCACAGAGUCGUAGACUUAACGACCAGAGGACCCCAUUACCACCAGAUCCUCAACAGAGACUCUUCCUCGACCUCCUCUUGAGGCUACAGGGUUCUAGAAUGGACGACCAGAGGGCCAGCCUUCAUUUAGACGUAAAAGAGACAGAACUCACUUCCCAACCUCUCCCAGCACAACCAGCUCAGACUAAAGAGGACCUUGAAGACAUAAGGAAGCCUCUCUCAGAAGAGGAAUUCAUUGAUCUACUUUUUAGAAGUCAAAGCUCUAGAAUAAAUGAUCAAAGAUCUCCAGAUCCUCAAACGUAUCGACAAAACCUCAUGCCUGGAGAGGAUUUCUUUAACAUGCUACAGCACCUCCAGUCGACACGGAUUGAGGAUCAGCGUAGUCCAUUUCCUCGCUAAACCACGCACUAUCUCUCCUGCUCUCUCUCUCUCUCUGCUACACAUUGACUACAUAAUCUCCUCUUUCUCUCUCUCUCUUAUUCCAUGAUUUAUCUCUUAUCUCACUAUCAUCAUUAUUAUUAUUAUUGCUAUUAUUAAUAUUUUGAUUUUGUACUCUAUUGAAAGCUCAUGAAUUUGUGCUAUAUACUAUA